UAAAGCACGGCCAGUGAGCAUGCAGGGUACGCCGCAGAAGCAGUGGGUCGAGCUCCAGCUGCUCUGCCGGGGCCACGCCGGGAAGAACCGCAUCCUCCAGAGCCUCCUCACCUUCUACACGAAGGCGCUGCCCGCGCUCCAGCAGCAGCCGCUGCCGGUCGUACCAGACGCGACGCUCAGCAUCCCACGCCUCCUCGACAUUGUCCAGCUCUACGAAGAGGUCGUCGCGCGUGGCGGCGCCAGCCGCGUCUCGGAACAGAACCUCUGGUCCACCGUGGCCACCUCGAUGAAGCUCAAGAUGACGGCGCCUGCGCUCCAGCAGCUUUAUGCCACAUGGCUCGGAUCGUUCGAGCUGCAGCAAGUGCAUGGCAAGGCCGUGCACCGGCCGACGCAGCUCGAGACGAUUGCAACACACCCCGAGAUUCAAGCGACGACGAGCAUCCGCUACACGCCGCUGCCCAUGGUCACCAAGCGCCUCAAGACGCAUCGACAACAGCUCACAGACUUGGGCCUGCUCCAUCGCCUCGUCCUCGCGCUCGAUUCGACGCUGCCCGACCACAUUGCAUGGGCCUUGAACCAGCUCACCGUGCUCUCGUACGGCCACGCGUCCGACACGGACUGCGAUAUUCACUUUGCGCAUGCGCCCGGGCUCCUCGACGCGCUCUGCCGGCAGCUCCCGCCGCCGCCAACAUCACCAUCGUUGCCGGCGUCGGUCCGGCUCUUUGCGGCCACGGAUCCGCGCGACGCGACGCAGCAGCACGAGCAUGGGCUGCGCGUGCUCAAUAUCGUGCGCAACCUCAGCAUGGUGCGCGAGAACGAAGCGCCGUUGGCAGCGCACGCAACGCUCCGCACGUGGCUCUUUGGUACCCUCAAGAACGCUUCCGACGACGACGAGACGGCCGCGUACGCCAUGGACAUUCUCGUCCAGGUGGCCCGCGCCGUGACCAUGCGUGCGGACGAGUGGGACGUCGUCUUGCGGCCGCUCACGGCGUCUGCUCCGCGUCGGUCGGUCGUGCUCCAGUCGCUCGACAUUCUUGCCAACUGCCUCGGUGACGCGGCGCGCGUCGCUGGCGUCGUCGCCCACGCGCGGUUCCCGCUGGCGCUGCCGUGCAUCGUUGCGCUCCUGAGCCGCCGCCGGCAAGACGGCCACCUCGACGAAGACGACGACGACACGGCCGGCCUCUACGACGACGACGACGACGACGACGACAUGGACGACGGCAUGGACGAUGGGCACGACACCGCGCUGCAAGAGGACCUCGGCUACGACGUCGGGCUGCUUCCGUAUCUGGCGUCGUCGAGCCGCGACCUCGACGCAUCGCUGUCGCCGACGCGCGCCGGCGACCGUGUCGGGGCCAACAUGGGCAUGGUCUUCGUCUCGCGCCAAGCCGGCGCGACGCCCGAUGGAAAAAAAGCCGAUUUCCAGAUCCGCGACCUGGCGCUGCAGGUGCUCUACUACGUCGCAUCGGCCAACGAUGCGAUGCGGCUCUGGAUUGCGCGCCAGCCGGACGCGAUGGAGAGGCUUGGGGCGCUCGUUGCCAGCGGCCGGGCCGAGACGGCGCGGCUGGCGGUCGGACUUCUCUCGCAGUUGUCGCUGCACGCAGGCACGUGGCCCUACUUGAUGGCUCUCGAGCCGCUCCUACUGCGGGUCGCGACGAGCGAUGCGAGCCUCUCGGACCUCGUCGUCAACGUCAUGGCGGACGUGUACGGGAUGAAUGCGCUGCCGUAA